AUAUGCAGGGUUAUUCUAUUGACCCCGAAAGUGGUAACACGAAGAUAAAAGAAGAUUAUCCUGUUUUGAAGUCUUUUCUCGCUGGAUCGCUCUCUGGCACGUUUUCAACUAUUUUAUUUCAACCAUUGGAUCUUGUUAAAACCAGACUUCAAAGUCGAGUAAAUCUUCAUCUUGAUACUCCAAGAAACGGCACUUUAGGAACGGUAAUACAUAUUAUUAAAAACGAAAAUGUGUUCGGACUAUGGCGGGGUAUGACUCCGUCCAUUACCAGAGUUGUGCCUGGUGUAGGAUUAUAUUUUUCAUCAUUACACUGGUUAAAGCACACAUUGCAUCUAAAAGAUCCACUUACACCUACAGAAGCUCUGUUAUUAGGCAUUACAGCAAGGUCUAUGACUGCAGCUCUAUUAAUUCCAAUAACAGUAGUGAAAACACGUUUUGAGAGUGAUGUGUAUAGAUAUAAGAGUGUAGGACAAGCACUGAAAUUAAUUUACAAGCAGGAAGGAGUAAGAGGUCUUUCGAGCGGGUUAAUACCAACGUUACUAAGAGACGCUCCAUAUAGUGGUCUUUAUCUCACAUUUUAUACUCAGUUAAAGAAUGUAAUCUCUAAAACAGAUUUGCCCUGCUCCAUAUCGUCAGCUCCGAUUCAUUUUAGUUGCGGAAUUUUAGCAGGAAUAUUUGCUUCUAUUGUAACACAACCUGCUGAUGUAAUUAAGACAAAAAUACAAUUAUAUCCUAACGAAUUUAAAGGUGUUCGGAAUGCAGCUUUUAGGGUUUAUAAGAAAUAUGGUAUGUUAGGAUAUUUUAAAGGCAUUGUUCCACGAAUGUUGAGAAGGACAUUAGUGACUGCAAUGGCUUGGACCGUAUACGAAGAGGUUACAAAAGGUAUGGGGCUUAAAUAA